GGACAUCAGCCCAACCUUCAAAUACGAUUUAUAAGGCUCAGGUACGGUAGCAGGCAAACAAGUCGCAUACUGUCGUCGGUGGAGCGGAGAAGAAGGAAGAUAACGGAGCGAGCGAGAGAGAGAGAUCGGCCUAUCUUGUUCACCCCAUCUUGAGCUCCCACCCCUCAAAACCCUAAUUCAUUGAUCGAUCUGUGCAUCCGUGUCUGCAGACGCGCAGUUUGGGACCAAUUCAUUCCUCGCAAGGUUGCUAUUAUAACCAGGUUCAGAUAUGUCGCCCGCAUCCAAGUCAAAGUCCAAGAACAAGUCCACCCCAAAGGCAGGCAAGGAACAGUUAAGAAUUUCACCGAAACCUUCUGCCGCGCAUUGGAGUAGUUGCAAUAGUUCACUAGCUGGGUCUACUGAUCCAGUUAUGGGAACCUUUCAAGCCCUUGAGAUGUCAUCUUCUUCCUUCCCACCAUCUCAGAGCAAUGGUCGGUUUGGAACCAUAGAUGAUUUGGAUGAUCAUUCUGGGAGUUCACUGAGUUCAACAGCAGAAUAUGAUUCUUCGUCCAACAACGGUAGCUGCUCCGGCGAGUCGGAGGACCAAAAGGAGAAACUAGCUAACUCACCACCACAAACAGAAACCAUUCCAGGUUCCAACCCUAACAAACAAGGCAAGAUUCGCCAAACAAACGAGCGAAAGCACCGAAGACAGAAGGAGAGGCGUGCUCUAGAGUUACACGAGCGCUGCAUUUCUUUCCUGACUUCUAGAAAGCUCGAAGCCCUUUCUCACCUGCUUGUUUCGAUGGGGUUCCCCUCCGAUCGAGCAACCAUGGCUGUCAUUGUGAACGAAGGCAAGAUGGAGGAGUCCGUUGCUUGGUUGUUGCAGGACGGGGACGGGAAUAACAAACAGCAGGUUUCACUUAACUUGGAAGAUAAGACCUCCGUUAAGAUUGAUAUCACAGAUGAGCUUACCAGAAUUGUGGAAAUGGAGGUUCGGCACAAAUGUUCGAGACAGGAUGUUGAAAGGGCCAUCGUUGCUUGCGAAGGCGAUUUGUUUAAGGCUGAUGAGAAUUUGAAGGUGUCAAAGCGAACUGUUUCUGCAGCCACUGUGCUCAACUCCGAUCAAUCUGCUGAUUCCAUGGAGCUAAAUCAUAAGGACUCAGCUCCUCAUAACAGCGCAAUAUUGUUAAGAAGUCCCAUUAAAGAAAUAACACAACAACUGAAGGAAUCUGCUAACAGGAACCAUCAGCAGGCACCUAAGAGAAUAUCACCCAAGCUGAUGGCGAUCACUGAUUCAUCGCGAACUCAGGCUGCUUCCGUUGAUAAAAGGCGGUCAACAACCAGCACUCCGGUAUCGUUAUCCUCACCAAUUCAGGCUUUUGGAUCGGCAGCAAAGCUCCAUGCUGUGAAAGAACCCUUCAUUGUCAUGCAACGGCCGAAGCAGAAGUUGCCUUCAACUUCUGCAUCUGCAAAUAGUGGAACGGGAAAGAGUGGUGUUACAGUACAGCAAUCUUACCCUCAAAACAAUCUCCAGCAGAUUCCAUCAGUUCCGGUGGAGUUGCUGGCAUCAGCUGGCUGGAGCAGCGGCCGCUCCCAGAAUGCACCAUCGCCGUUUGCGACACCGUCGUCUUUAGGACUUUACACCGGCUGGGGUUCUUCUCCUUCAUCUGAGUCGUCUCAAAAUGAUUGGAAUAGCUUCGCCCCACUUCGUGACUACACUUUGAUCGAUUGGAGCUUAAAUCCGAUGCCGCGGAAGCCGUCCAUGAAGAUUGAUGUUGUGUCCAACACGUGGUCGACGAUGUUUAUGGGUGGAAGUUCUAUGAAUGGUGGAGGUGGUGGUGGUGUUUAUCUUCCGGCAUUACAUCAAGUUAGGAGCCGUUUAAGUGAUUACUCUGCUCCAACGGGUUCAGAGGAGUGGACCAGCCCUUUUUGUGGUAGGGAUCUGUUUAUGGUUCCCAGGCAGUAUGUGACAUCCCCUUCUAUGUAGUAAAAAUGAUGGAUUUCAAAUGGAAUAACGAACAUGUGUGUUUGGUUU